AGUUACAGACAACUCUCUCUUGUGCAUUCAACACUCCCAUUAUAUAAUCAUUGAUGACAUCAUGUGGGUGGCACUACGGGAGCUGACCUUCCCAUUGGUUAUCUGGGAAGUCUAAAUCGGAUUGGCCCUUGGAAAUUUCAUUUUUAACAGCCAGAAAGAACCUUCUGGCUGUAGUUCUCGCAACGUAACACCAGGUGGCAGCACAAACAGACACAGCAACAUUUGAAACAGCUUAACUGUCCCUGAGAGGUCGUCAGAUGGAGAAGGUGCUUUGUCAGGAACAUGGAAGUCUCUGCUUCUUGAAAACGGGAACGAGGGAUGGACCCAACAAGGGGAAGAGUUUCUAUCUUUGUGGAGCCAGCCCUAGGUCACCCUGUGGCUUCACUCAUCAUGCGGAUGUUCCUGCAUCUCACUGUCUGUUACACGAGAAUUUCCAGGUGGAACUGCAGGCGCUGAUGCCCCAGGACUCCGGCGGGUACAGGCUUUUUUAUCGUUGUGUGAAGGGAAAGAGUGAUGGAAAGAAGUGGUGCGGGAACGUGCCGUGGCAGGAUGCAAAAGAAAUAUCAAAUCCAAAUAAAGAUCACUUAAUUGAAAAGAAUAAACCUGAGAGAAACCCCUUUAAAGUAAUAAAUGAGGGCCCAAGACCCACCCUGUGGAAGCAGAUCAGCGAGGAGAAGAAACCUAGCAAGGAUAUCAGGCCUGCAGAUCUAAGGACACAUGACAUUCAGGAGAUGAUUCAGGAAGAACGCAAGAAACACAUCAGAGAGGCAGAAAGGCCUGCAGAUAAUAAAAAAUCCAACAAGGAAGAGAGAAAAAACAAUGUAGAUGAAAAGAACAAUACUAAUGAUGAUAGGUCAGCUGUAGAGCAAAGGAAGUAUGAAAGUGAGAACAGGGCAGCUAAAGAUCAAAGAAACCCCGUUAGUGAGAAUAGAACAGUUAUCGAAGAACAGAAGCAUGCUAGCGGGGACAGGGACGGUAAAGAGCAAACAAAGCCUGCUAGCGGGGAAAGGAAGGUUAUAGAGCAAACAAAGCAUGCUAGCGGGGACAGGGACGGUAAAGAGCAAACAAAGCAUGCUAGCGGGGAAAGGAAGGUUAUAGAGCAAACAAAGCAUGCUAGCGGGGACAGGGACGGUAAAGAGCAAACAAAGCAUGCUAGCGGGGAAAGGAAGGUUAUAGAGCAAACAAUGCAUGCUAGCGGGGAAAGGAAGGUUAUAGAGCAAACAAAGCAUGCUAGCGGGGAAAGGAAGGUUAUAGAGCAAACAAAGCAUGCUAGCGGGGACAGGGACGGUAAAGAGCAAACAAAGCAUGCUAGCGGGGAAAGGAAGGUUAUAGAGCAAACAAUGCAUGCUAGCGGGGAAAGGAAGGUUAUAGAGCAAACAAAGCAUGCUAGCGGGGACAGGGACGGUAAAGAGCAAACAAAGCAUGCUAGCGGGGAAAGGAAGGUUAUAGAGCAAACAAUGCAUGCUAGCGGGGAAAGGAAGGUUAUAGAGCAAACAAAGCAUGCUAGCGGGGACAGGGACGGUAAAGAGCAAACAAAGCAUGCUAGCGGGGACAGGAAGGUUAUAGAUCCAAUGAAGCAUGCUAGCGUGGACAGGAAGGUUAUAGAGCAAGCAAAGCUUGCUAGUGAGGACAGGACAGAUAUAGAGCAAAGGAAACAUGCGAUCAGGGACAGGAUAGAUAUAGAGAGUGAAGACAGGGUGGCUAUGGAUCAAAUGAAGCAUGCCAGCAAGGACAGGAUGCCUGUGGAUCAAAAAAAGCACUCCAACAAAGACAUACUAAGGAUCAGUGAAAAGGAGCAUAGAAGGGAAAGCAAACCAACCAGCCAGGAAAGUGGGGAUUCAGGAAGGAGUCUGGUGGAGGAUCUUAGUAUUGGUAAUUCAGAAAAGAGCUACUCAUUCAGUGGAUGGAGGGAGAAGGAGCUACCAGUUGGGAUGAAGAUCAAGAAGAGGUCACCAGACAGAGAAGCUCAGAGGCCAAUUUGGUGUGAGAAAAGUGUCAGUGCACAGAAUGAUGAGCAUCUACAAGAUCCAUCCAACUUUGGGACUGUCUUUUAUAAUAAGGGUGAAACUAACAAUUAUAUGAAGAUAGACAACUCAUCAGGAGUAAAUGAAGAAGGAACACUACAGACCAACAGUGCAAAACCAAAGGAAAGUAACCAACCAGACAAGCAAGGCACGGACCAAUCUAAAGAUGUCCUUAAUUUGCACGAUGAGGAUGAUGUGGUGUUUGUUAGUUCUCAGCCAGGGAAGGAGAAGCCGCACGCUACAUUACCCUCAGCAGCAGGAAAGCAGAGGACUAUAACCUCAUUUCCAGGUUUCAGGGCACCGACAGAAACCACAAGCUCUUCUUUCUCCCAGCUAACUGCUCAGCUCCAGCAGAAGAAGGCCACUUUAGCGGCAGUGAAUCUGCAGUCUCUGCCAGAUCGAGGGGAGAGGUUACUAAAGCAGGUGCAGGACCUUGAGGAUGCUCUGGGCUCUUUGACACUCUCCACAGAAAUCUGUGCUAGCCAAGAAAGCCGUCAAGAUGGCAGAAUCUGUUCAUCCAAACCAGAAAACCCAUUCAGCAAACCUGUAUCAGAAGAAGAAAGGCAGGGUGUGAAGCCUCUUGCAUUCCAUGAGCUUCCAGCCUACAAAAUGGGAUCACAAUGGUCUGAAUCAGCGCUGAGCUCCAGUCAGAAAUUCAUCAAUUUAUAUGGAGCAGCUUCUGAGUGUGCAGGACUGUACGGUGGGAGGAUGACUGAGGAACGUCUCUUUGCUGUCCGUAAUGCAACAAGUGAGGCAAUUGAUCACUUACACAAGAGCCUUGAAUGUUGCCCUGACCCUCAAAGCACCAUAGAGGAUCCCCCAGGACUGAAGGUCCCUUUGCUCCUGCACCAGAAGCAGGCUUUGGCAUGGCUGCAAUGGCGAGAGACACAAAGACCACAGGGGGGAAUUCUGGCUGACGACAUGGGACUUGGGAAGACACUAACCAUGGUGGCCCUCAUACUGAUGCAGAAGCAGAAGCAAAAAAAGGACAAAGAAGAGGAUUAUAAGCUGGAGGCAUGGAUCUCCAAAACAGAUUCUACGCUCACAGUGUCGAGAGGAACUUUAAUCAUCUGCCCGGCAUCCUUAGUUCACCAUUGGAAGAAGGAGGUUGAAAAGCGAGUGUUUGACAACAAAUUGCGGGUCUACUUGUAUCAUGGUCCAAACCGAGAGAAGGACUGCAAGGUGCUGGCUAAGUACGACAUUGUGGUGACCACAUACAGCCUUGUGUCUAAAGAGAUUCCUGUAAAGAAGGAAGAAGGAGAGACACCUGCUAAAGACCAGGACCUGGAGGAUAAAUCUGCAGCUUCCUCUCCGCUCCUGCGCUUGGCCUGGGCCCGCAUUAUUCUGGAUGAAGCUCACAAUAUUAAAAAUCCCAAGGUGCAGACUUCAAUUGCUGUUUGCAAACUGAGAGCCGGAUCCCGCUGGGCCGUGACAGGGACUCCAAUCCAAAAUAACCUCCUGGACAUGUAUUCUCUAUUGCGUUUUCUACGCUGCUCCCCAUUUGAUGAAUAUAAAUUAUGGAAGAAUCAGGUUGAUAAUGGCAGUAAGAAAGGAGGAGAGCGUCUGAACAUCCUGACCAAGAGUCUUUUAUUGCGUAGAACCAAGGACCAGAUGGACCAUUUAGGGAGACCUCUGGUUGUGCUUCCCCAGAGGCGCAGUGAGCUGCAUCGCCUGACUCUCUCCAAGCAGGAGCAGUCCGUGUAUGAUGUCAUCUUUGCCAGGUCCAGGUCCACUUUACAGAGUUACUUAAAAAGACAUGAAGGGGGAACCCCGACCCCAGCGCGGUGUGAAGACAACCCCUUUGAUAGAGUUGCUAGAGAGUUUGGUGAUACUCAGCCUGACUUGUCUGUCCGGGCACCUACCCAAGGUUCUAGCACUGUGCACAUUCUGUCUCUGUUGCUUCGUCUCCGGCAGUGCUGCUGUCACUUGUCUCUUCUUAAGAUGACAUUGGAGAAGUUGGAGUUGCAAAGUGAAGGACUGAGCCUGAGCCUGGACGAGCAGAUGAACGCGCUGAGUCUGUGUGAACUGCAGAGUCCUGAUCCUAAAUCCAGAGUCUCCCUCAAUGGGACCAGCUUCCCUUCAGAGCUGUUUGAGAGUGACAGCCAGAGCACCAAGAUCUCUGCUCUCGUGGAUGAGCUCCGCAACAUAAGCCAUAGCUCCGAGACCCAGAAAAGUGUCAUUGUGUCUCAGUGGACGAGCAUGCUGAGGGUCGUGGCUGUACACCUGAAAAGCAUCGGCCUGUCCUAUGCCACCAUUGAUGGCUCUGUCAACCCCAAACAGCGCAUGGACUUGGUGGAAGAGUUCAAUAUCAAUCCUCGAGGACCACAGGUCAUGCUUGUUUCUCUCUGUGCUGGAGGUGUCGGCUUAAACUUGAUAGGCGGGAACCAUCUCUUCCUAUUGGACAUGCACUGGAAUCCUGCUCUGGAGGAUCAGGCCUGUGAUCGGAUCUACCGGGUGGGACAGUGCAAGGAUGUGGUUAUACACAGGUUUGUGUGUCUUGGCACAGUAGAGGAGAAGAUUUCUCAGCUUCAGGAGAAGAAGAAAGAUUUAGCUAAAAAAGUUUUGUCUGGAAACAGUGCCACAUUCACAAAGCUCACUCUCGCUGACCUGCGGCUGCUCUUUGGAGUGUGAACAUAAUUACCUUCUACUCAACAAUGGGAGAUGCACAUACGUCUCUAAUAAUUAGAUAUCACAUAACAAUGUGGUCCACCCGGGUACUGGAUCAGAUGUGGAAAUUCCUGCAAGAGUUUUUCCAAAUGAGGUCCUUACUCUCUGCUUUGGAAAUUGUUAUAAACUGAUAUUGUCUUGGUGAAUAAUUAUUUUUUUUAAAUAAAAUAAAGGUAUUUAAUUUGUUGGUG